GCCAAAAGUGGGUUGUAAACAAGUUCAUCACCUUCUCAACUGUUGAUUAGAAUGUAAACAAAUAAGAAAAAGAAGCCGGCAAACAUCACAUUUUACUCGUAUUUAUUUAAAUAUUAAUAUUAAAUUAAUUUAACUUCAAAGAGUAGGGUUGGUGUAUAUGAACCAUGAAGUUCAGGGCAAGGAUGAUCGAAGCUCUGAGCAUGAAAAAUCUAGCUGUUUAGUUAUAGCCUCGACAAUAUCGAAACUGGCGAAAAGAUGCGUCCUCAGGAUGAACACGGUGCACUUCAGCCUGAUGGUCUGCGAUGAGAACUCGUCUCCGAAGCAGAUCCUAUUCUGGUGCAUUUUGAAAACGGCUCAGUUUUUCAGCGACUUCAUCAUCAAAGGGAUAUCGGAUGAAAAUGAAAUAUUCUUGGAGCUUCCUCCUGAUAUGCUUGCCACUUCGUUGAGUGCACUGAAGAGCACUAACAGCAACGUCAGAUGUGUUAAAAUAAGACUGACAGACAAAACAACGCCUUGUAUGACGAUAGAGAUUGAAUUAACGACAGAGUACGGAAUGAAAAGAAGCUACGUGCAUGACAUUCCUGUCAAUUUGAUCCCUGUUACAUCUUGGUCUGAUUAUUCAGAUCCCCCUGUUAAAGAUUACAGUGUUAGUGUUGAGCUUUGUCAAUUUAAAAAAAUCAAAAUGGUACUUGAGAGGUUCAAGAAGCUCGGGCCGUAUGUCAGUAUAUCUAUAACUCCUGAUGACCUGCUCUGCACAACGAUUUCAGCAAGCACUGUGACUGUCACGACAAUUUUUCAAAACUCAAGAGUUUGCUAUAAAAAAGAAAACGAAGGGGAACAGAAAGUAAGAGUGGAUGUUAAAAGGCUGUGCCAGUUGCUCUCCUGUGAACAACUUAUGCCGAGGCAAACUACAUUACACUUUUUCGAAAAUAAAAUGAUUCAUUUUGACCUGAACUGUGAUAAUUUCAACUUGCAUUUUUACCUACUAACUGUAGAAGAGUAAAUUAUUCUAUAUCUACAUCACAAAAUGUUUUAUAAAACUGUGGAAACAAUUUUGGUCUGAAGAACCAAAAUUCAUUACCGAAAUUGUGGUUAUUGUGUAUACAUUUUUGUUAUUAUUUAUUUCU